CCAGUCACAGAACAUCUUCCUAGAGCUUCGUGUUUACUGGAAGGUAAGGACUAUAUUAAACUAGACAGAACAGUUUUUUCCAUGCGGUAUAAGUUAUCAUCGCGUCCUUUGAUAUACGCACAAACUUCCAUGCAACUGAAAUUAUUUCAGCAGGCUCAUACAGAAUAUAUAACUGAAUAUACACGAUAUUAUUUUGUUGAUGCUAUUUUUCCCGGCGCUGGGGCAAAAAGUCCUUAGCUAUGGUCACGUUGGGCUGGCAGGAAAUCGAUUGACAUUUCUGCAUGAAGAAAGACUAUAAAAAAUCAUCAGCAAAAUUGUGAAAUGGUAAAUUGUCUGGGUGUUUUAUCAAAUGGCGACAUGAUCGAUCACAUUUUAGCCAGCAUGAAGGAUCUUGGACAGAGAUCAUCGUACAUUUUCCCGUUAUCAUGCAGGCAUGCAUAUAUAGAUAUCCUCCUUCAUGUAUCACAGGUGUCGACCAUUUCAGGAACACCUGUUGGCGGCAUGUAAAGAGAUUGCUUUUAUAAUUAGACUAUUUAAUACAAAUGCAUCGAUUGUAAAUUAAACUCCCUUGCAUGUAUAUAGGUCAAAUCUCUCUCCCGCCUGAUGGUGAUACCUUUGUUGUUCUUCCUGGAGAAGAUGUGACAAUAGCCUGGAAACUUGAUGUCAGUGUAACAGACGUAUCGGGUCGAUGGUGGGCAUUCCUUCCAAAGGCCAACGACACUUUUGCUAAUAUCAUUAGAGAUGGAAUGGUGGAUGUAAAGCCCCAUUACUCACCUGGGCCAUUUACAAUAACAAAGCCUUCAACGUUGAUUUUAAAGAACGUUACUAUUCAGUACAAUGGAACAUACACAUUUACUAUUUAUGCAAAGGGUAUACUCACUAUGUCUGAUGUGACUGUGUUUGUUGCAGGUAGGUGUCGUUUGUAUAUAAUGCUAUAUAUACCUUUUACCCUACUUUUUCAGGCAUUAACAAAUUUCUAGAGAACUGAUUUGAUUGAUUGCUGGGAAAGAAAAAGGCAUAUUAUAUGCGUAUUCAGGGCCGUAGCUAGACCGAUAAUUGAGGGUUGCAUAUUCAUAUACUGUAUUCAUGUUCUGCCCGACGGAUUUCUUUUGAAAUCGACUGUUUUUACGUAUGUGAACAUGAAUAUAUAAAUAUACACCCUCCGCCCUCCAAUUAUCACAUCUAGCUACGGUUAGUCUAGUGCGUAUUGUUGAAGGCUUCUUGUAGCGGGAGCAGCUACAAAAAAUGCAUUCUCUAUAUUACACAUUCAAGGGCGCACAUUCAAAAAAAAUUUGGGGGGUGUCUAUGUUCUGGGACCGACUUUUGUAGUAUUUGUGUUUGAUAAAAGCCAACUGUUUUAAGGCGUGCACGGUACGAGUGAACCGGUGAAAGCAAGGCGUUCGGUUUAACAAUGUCACAGUCUUGUUGUUAUAAAUACAAUUAAUAUAAAAUUUAAGAGUUCGACAAAUAGUAAUAGCACGAAGCCGAGUAACUGUGUAAAAAUUAGUAUAAAGGGGUGUCAAAAAGUAGACCGUUAGAAAUUAACCUGUUGUUCUAAUUUGAAUUUUUAGCCAGUAUAUUAGCCACAAGCUCACGGUAUUAUUAAAGAAUAAUACAUUAUUAAAGUCAAGAGCUCAAUAGACAAUAAUGCUUCUAAAUAAGUCUACUCAUAGACGGGGAUAGUAUUCCAAGAGUUUAAAUAAACGUUCAGUUUUUCAGAACUUCUGCUGUAAACUUUCGGGGGGCCAAAAUUUUUAUGGAUUUCGAGUGCGAGGGCCGAAGGCGUGAAGAAAAUUUUGAAUUUCUAGAUUCAUUAGAACGCUAUUUCAAGUAUUUUAGGGCGAGGUUGGAAGAAAAAUUACAACCACAAAAAGUUGCCUAAUUUUGUUAGAUUCCAAAAAUAUUUAUGUAAACGUUGUACUGUACACGCAAAUACGUUGUACUGCCCCCCACUUGGCUACGCCACUGAACUUCAGCCUUUCAAAGUGUCAGACUUUCAGUUUGUGCGACAAUUAGACUGCACCACGAGGGUUUGAGGUUGCAACACGGAAGUUGAUUAUUUGCUGCUAGCAUAAUAUGAUUGAUAUCUUGGUUAGUGUAUGCGUUUUUGUUAUUCUUAUGCAAUUUCCAAGAUGUCCAACCAGGGCCUUUUACCAUACAAGAUGGGGGAGGGGGGCUCCCCAGUCCCCCACGAAAUCACAUCCCCGCCCUCCAGGAAAAUAACAAACAGAUAAAUGGAAACUUUUUGCUUCUAAUGGAUUUUAAGCUUUAUCUUUUGUCCUUGUUUAACAAAAUCGAUUUAAUUUAAAAUUUAAAUUGUUACGUUUCUCUACCACUAAGUAAUGAUAAAUUAUUGUUAGUAAUUUUUUCCCCGUUUUUUCCUUCUUAUUUCAAAUACAAGUAUAGUUAGCAUAAAUUUUAGAGCAAAUUUGGACGCUCAGAAUGCAGGGAAUGGCAAAGAUAUUUCUGGGGGAGAAUGCCCUCCCCAUAUAUGUGAGAUGUCGGCCACACACAUGACCUUGGUCAUUGCUAUCCCCCUCUAAUAUAUUAUCUCACAGAAAGGUCCCUUUUCAAAAAUCCCCCCACUUAAAAAAGGCCCUCUGUCCAACUAUUUCUUUUUUUCGACACAAAAUAAUGUCUUUCAGAUUUAACCCGACCGACUUUUUGUCCCAUACAGAUCUCGGGACCGACUUUUUAGAUGUAUUUCACAAAACAUGGGGUCUCACAUGGGGUCUCAACAUGUACUAAUUUCGAUACUUCUCCAUAACUGCGUUUAUUCUUCUUUUAUUUAUUUUUUGUUAAAUAUUGAGCUAAUUUAUUCUAUGCCCCAGUCAUAAAAAAAUACUUACUUUCCGAAAGACCUAAAGUAGCUAUAUAUAUGGCUUCAUUAUAUACAUUUCAGAGAAACCAACUGUGACAUUGAGUUGUUCCAGUCCUAUCACAUUAUAUAAAGGUGAUGACUUCACAUGUGCAUGUAGAGGUGAAGGUGGAAACCCCCCAGCCAAUGUAACUUGGUAUAAAGAUGGCGUCCAGAUUGGUGGAACAGGAAAAGAAGAACAAACAUUGACUCUCAGUAACGUUGGUAGAACAGCCAGUGGAACAUAUAAAUGUGUAGCCACGAGUCACACUCUAACUGAUGAAUUAGUUGAAGUAAAAGUAAUACUUGAUUGUAAGUAUUGUUGUAAAUUUAUGCGUGUUUGCAUGUAAUUUAUAAAUAUUUAAACUGGUGCACGGCGUAUGCGCAACUUUAGAAACUGUAUAAAAAGGACAUGCAUGUUUGAACUAGUGCUGGUGUGUAUGUUUUGAAGUGAAGAUUAUGUAAUAACAACCUUGUGUCCCGCAAGUUGUUGUCUCAUUCAAAUGAGUGAAUAAAUGAUUUAUUUCUCAUGUGUUUAAUGCAUGCAAGUUUCAUGCAUAUUAUCAAUAAGUAACAUGCAGUAUCGUUUCUUGUGUGCAAUUUGGAUCGUCUUUGAAAAACUCACUCGUGCACGAUUUUGUUCAAAUUACACUCAAAACCAUUACCUAUAUUUCUUUAAUACCAUAUAUUGCCAAAACCGUAUUUUAUUAUAUUCUAUUUUGCUUUCUACAGACCCACCAGAACAGCCAUACUUUAAGAAUAAAGCAGUUGUUGGUAAAACGUUUGCCAUAACAUGUGAAUCCAGUGGUUAUCCUUCACCAAGUUAUACCAUAAUCCAUAAUGAUACCAAGAUCGUCAGUAAUGACAAGACGUAUACCAUGGAUGUUGUGCACCACAGUGAUGCUGGAUUAUAUAAAUGUAUUGCAGAGAAUAAAUUUGGAAAUAGUUCAACGAUAUAUUAUUUAUCUAUCGAUCUAGGUAAGAUUCAAUAUUUUCAGAAACAACAACUGUUUUUACUUACAACUUAUUUUCACCUUUCCUUUUUCUACUUAUUAGUUAUCAUACAUUGCCUUCAAAAUUUCUACUGUAGAGAAAGUGUAACAACAUGAUUUAAUUAUGUUUAGAUGAAUUAAUAAAUCCAACAACUGGUAUUAGCACUCAAAAGUUCUUCACUACCGAGAAUUCUAGAUCAGGUAAGAAGUAUAUAUAUACUUGUUCAAAGCAAGUUCCUUCUAUUAACCGUGUUCAAAGUUAUAUAUACUUUGUGAAAGGAAGUUGAAUAGUAUAUAUAUUUAUUGAUGUAAACUAUCUUCCUCAAACAAUAGUUUCUAUAACAAGCCUCCCCCCCUGACCUGAGCAAAGCUAGUGUCAUUUUGUUGCAUGGUACAGAUAUUGCAGGGGGGUCGUUGUUUUACCGCUACAUUCAUCGUCACGAUAUACAUGGAAGAAUAAUUUAAACUGGGAGAGGCUGGGAUUGACAUAAAAAGCAUGUUUCGUGAUCCGAGACCACUAUAAUAAACAACUCGAAAAUCAUAGCGGAUUGCGAUCUAUUUCUAUAUACUUUUUAAAGUUUCUAUGGCGAUGUGUUUAUCAGUGUCAAAUAUUUCUCAAUACAGCUGCCAAUUAACAAAGAGGAUGAUGAGACGACUGUUGUAGUAUUAAAUAUUGUUGUAUCUUUGGUGUCCGGGAUUAUGAUUGGAACUCUUCUUUCCUACAUUGUGUUAUGUUCUCGUCGUAAAUUUAGAAGCAGGAAACCUCAAUCAAACCCUGAACCAAAGACAACUGGAGAUGAUACAACUUAUCAAGAGCUCGAUCUUUCAAAAAUGAAUACAGAAGAUAAUUAUCAAUCGUUGAGAAACAGAGGACCUCAACCAAACCCUGAACCAAAGACAACUGAAGCUGACACAACUUAUCAAGAACUUGAUCUUUCAAAAAUGAACACAGAAGAUAAUUAUCAAUCAUUGAGAGUGAAUGCUGCAAGUAAUGACGAGGAGUCAACUUAUACUGAGUUAAACCAAACCAGAGAUGUGGAGAACAACUACCAAUCUUUAACUUGA